AUGAAAGUGAAGCAAGGAUCGUUUCUGUGGUACCUCUAUCUGGACAAAAUAUACUGCUUAUUAUCUGUGAGAAAUGUCAAGGCCUUGAUGGAUUAUUUUCACCUCCUUGAUGUGCACCACAAGAACACUUUGAAUGAUGUGCUGUUCUUUCACUUCCUGCAACAUGUGACAAACCUGACCAAGCCACAGAUCAUGAUUAUAUUUGACAUGCUGGACUGGAAUGCUGUGGGCGAGAUUGGUUUUGACCAAUUCUACAUGUUGGUUUGUCUACUGCUGUCACAUCAGAACCAUUUGGAAAAGCAAUUUAUUUAUCGCCAUGCCCGGCCUGUCUUUGAACUGCUUGACCAGGAUGGAGACCUGAGAAUUGGCCAAGACAACUUCCAGUUGUAUAGCUUUCUCUUCAAUAUUAAAAAGCAGGAACUCAAAGAGCUCUACCGUGACUUUGAUGUCACAGGUGACUGUCGUCUCAAUUAUAAAGAAUUUAAGCUGUUUACUAUCUUCUCUGUCGACAAAUACCAGGAGAGACAGAGAGUCAAGAAAGAGAAAGCGGAAAAGUCUCUGUUCAAAAAGAAAGUGUCACAAGAAAAUGAUAUCAUCUCUGUUCACUCGGCUCCUGUGUACCCAAAUAAUUACCAUCAAUAA